UGCGCCGAUUGGCUGCGGGGGGUUGAAUGUAAGAUGGCGCCCAGGGAGCUGUGAGGGGAAAAGACUCGGGGCCGAGGCAGCGGCGGCGAGAGGCGACGGCGGCGGCAGGGCCGGGAACGUUACAAGUCUAAGAGCUCAGGACAAGAGCAGCAGAAAUACAUGCAACAUGGUGACUGGAACCCUGAGGACCUUGCAAUAUGAAUAAUUCUCUGGAGAACACCAUUUCCUUUGAAGAGUACAUCCGUGUGAAGGCACGAACGAUCCCCCAGCACAGGAUGAAGGAGUUUCUGGACUCCCUUGCUUCCAAGGGGCCAGAAGCUCUGCAGGAGUUUCAGCAGACAGCCACCACCACAAUGAUGUAUCAGCAGGGUGGCAACUGCAUUUACACGGACAGCACAGAGGUAGCUGGGUCUUUGCUCGAACUUGCUUGUCCUGUGACAACCAGUGUCCAGCAGCAGACUCAGCCAGAGCAGCAGAUACAGGUUCAGCAACCCCAGCAAGUCCAGGUUCAGGUCCAGGUGCAGCAGUCGCCGCAGCAGGUCUCCGCCCAGCAGCUCUCUCCACAGCUCACUGUCCAUCAGGCUUCGGAGCAGCCCAUACAGGUCCAAGUGCAGAUCCAAGGCCAGGCUCAGCAGCAGGCGUCCCAGACAAUACAGAGCCAGUCUCUUCAGAGCCCCAGCCCAUCUCAGCUGCAGGCAGCUCAAAUCCAAGUGCAGCACGUGCAGACUGCCCAGCAGAUCCAGGCGGCGGAGAUACAGGAGGAACACAUACAACACCAGCAAAUCCAGGCCCAGCUUGUGGCAGGACAGGCCAUUAGUGGUGGCCAGCAGAUACAGAUCCAGACAGUUGGGGCACUGUCACCUCCACCUUCCCAACAAGGCUCCCCACGAGAGGGGGAGCGGCGGAUCAGCACUGCUAGUGUCCUUCAACCAGUAAAGAAACGUAAAGUGGAUAUGCCUAUUACUGUGUCAUAUGCUAUUUCAGGGCAGCCAGUUGCCACAGUGCUGGCCAUUCCUCAGGGCCAGCAGCAAAGUUACGUCUCUUUAAGGCCAGACUUGUUAACAGUGGACAGUGCCCACCUCUACAGUGCCACUGGGACCAUUACUAGCCCCACUGGAGAGACUUGGACCAUCCCCGUUUACUCCGCUCAGCCACGUGGUGACCUUCAGCAGCAAAACAUAACUCACAUUGCCAUCCCUCAGGAGGCCUACAAUGCCGUCCACGUCAGCGGCUCGCCAACGACACUGGCCACUGUGAAGCUGGAAGAUGACAAGGAUAAGAUGGUGGGAAGUACUUCAGUAGUGAAGAACUCUCAUGAGGAAGUGGUGCAGACUCUUGCUAACUCGCUCUUUCCAGCGCAGUUUAUGAAUGGCAACAUCCACAUUCCAGUGGCAGUGCAGGCUGUGGCAGGGACAUACCAGAACACUGCACAGACAGUGCACAUAUGGGACCCGCAGCAGCAACAGCAGCAGCCCACACCCCAGGAGCAAGGAGGGCAGCAGCAGCAGCUACAAGUCACUUGCUCAGCUCAAACUGUUCAGGUUGCUGAAGUUGAACCACAGCCACAGACUUCACCUGAACUGCUACUUCCAAACUCUCUGAAGCCAGAAGAAGGGCUUGAAGUGUGGAAAAGCUGGGCACAGACCAAGAAUGCAGAGCUGGAAAAAGAAGCCCAAAAUAGGCUAGCACCUAUUGGAAGGCGUCAGCUGCUGAGGUUCCAGGAAGAUCUCAUCUCUUCAGCUGUGGCUGAGCUGAAUUAUGGUCUGUGCUUAAUGACACGAGAAGCUCGAAAUGGUGAUGGUGAACCCUAUGAUCCAGAUGUGCUCUACUAUAUCUUCCUGUGUAUUCAGAAGUAUCUCUUUGAAAAUGGCCGAGUAGAUGACAUCUUCUCAGACCUCUACUAUAUUCGGUUCACUGAAUGGCUGCAUGAAGUUCUCAAGGACGUACAGCCCCGUGUUUCCCCUCUUGGUUAUGUCCUCUCCAGUCACGUAACAGAAGAGAUGCUGUGGGAGUGUAAGCAGCUAGGAGCUCACUCCCCUUCCACCUUGCUCACUACACUGAUGUUUUUUAACACAAAAUACUUCCUGUUGAAAACAGUAGACCAGCACAUGAAGCUGGCCUUCUCCAAGGUGUUGAGGCAGACCAAGAAGAACCCUUCUAAUCCCAAGGAUAAGAGCACGAGUAUCCGCUAUCUGAAGGCUUUUGGCGGGCACCAGACAGGACAGAAAGUUACAGAUGACAUGUAUGCAGAGCAGACUGAGAAUCCAGAGAACCCCCUGAGGUGUCCGAUAAAGCUGUAUGACUUCUACCUCUUCAAAUGCCCCCAGAGUGUGAAAGGCCGGAAUGACACGUUUUACUUGACCCCGGAGCCAGUGGUGGCCCCCAACAGCCCUAUCUGGUAUUCCAUCCAGCCGAUCAGCAGAGAGCAGAUGGAGCAGAUGCUCACCCGGAUCCUGGUGAUACGAGAGAUUCAGGAAGCUCUUGCCGUGGCUAAUGCCAGCACCAUGCACUAAGGCAUCCUUCUUGGCUCAGAAGGGGUGGGGCGGGGUGACGGGGGAGGGACAAGCAAAGAUAAAUUGUACAGACUUUUACACUAAAGGAGAUGCCUAAGUUUUUGGUUUUUUAUUGGUGUAGUUAUGAAGCCCUUUUAGGCUUCUUCUCUUUAAAAGAAUCUAAAGGAAAACCUACCCAUUGUGUAUCCUACCCAACACACCAAACUGUUGGAACCAUUGGAGGCUGCAUACCCCCUGCGAGCUGGGAGCUGUGGAAAGCUGCUGGUUGACUCUGGUGUUUUUUUAUGACGUAGAAAACAUGAACCUACAGGAUUGGCCUGGAUUGCUGGGGCCUCUGUCUCCUUGGAGCACGUGCAGCCUCGAGGGCACAGAAUGAUGGAUGGACCUGCUCAGCCAGUGGAGGAGAGGCAGGCAUCUUCUUUUCUUGUGCUUGGACGUUAAAUUGCUGUUAUCUUGGAAGGAAGAGGAGAGAGUGAACUGCAGUUGUGAUUUAUACAAAAACAACCCAAACCAACGAUUUCUAUUCAGACCUUUAAGUGACAUUUUUAGAUGUUAAAAGUACAAACUUUACCACACUCUUCUUUUUUGGCCUAACAUUGAGGCCUUAAACCUUGAGGCUCCUGUGCCUGAUGGAUUCUUGUAACAUACACUUGUGUAUCAUAUAAAGAUACCACCCUGUUUCUCUUAUGUAUUCUUACUCUAGUUGUUUAUUAAGAAUGACGAGCACGUCUUUUCAACAUGCCAUUGAACAAUGUGUCUUUAUUUGGGGAAGAGUGAGCUGUGAGGGUGGGGGGGUCAUUAUACAAAGAUCAGUAUGCAAACUGGUUGUUCUCAUCCCUGUGUGUACUUUCCAGCUCGAGUCUGCUGGACUUCUUUCACCCCUACAAACUAGGAAGGUAGAAGGAGAUUAACCUGAAUGUCUGCUUGCUGAUGGAAGCUCAGUGUCAGGCUAGGAACAUGGCAUCUGAGAGACACGAUGAGACUGUCCUGAUGUUCUGUGGCCAGCCUGUGAGCUUCACCCCUAGCCAAACUCCCUUCUUCCUAUCUUCACAAAUGCAUCACACCAACGGCAUGAUGGAGGAGCGUUGGAGGGAAAAGGCCUUCCAGGAGCAGCACCUGGCUUACUCCUGCUAUUUAACAGCCUUUUCACAAUUUUUAACACAGCUGCAUAGCUUCUGGCAUUAUUCAUGGUCAUAAACCCCAGCCCUGUAGCCUUGCCUUGCUGCAUCUUAAAUGGUUGCUGUAUUUUAUCUCAUUAACAAAUAGUCUGCUCUUUUGAAGCCAAUGGGUAGCCAACUGUGCUUGAAAGGGGAGAUCACUCUAGCCAGGCUUGUUACUUGUGCCACCAGCUUCUUGGACGAGGAGAGAUGACUCUGCUUCUUGAUCUUGUCUUCCCCGCUUCUCCAUCUUGUGUCCCUUCCCUGUUGCAAAAUAUAUAGAGAUCUAUUUAAAGAUAUAUUACAGAACUUAAACUUGUGUACAGGCAAGCAAUUUUCCUGAAGCUUCUGUGACCAGCACCUGUCUGUACUGGGAAGGAAGAUCUGCCCUGUCGGUUGUAAAUGAUGAGAGUAGCUGCAAUGUUCCCUGUCUUUGUGCCCUUGAGCAGGAUUGAGGUGUGUGGGCUUAGAGACUUCAGGCGCUUCAGGUGCUUCAUGUUGAUGUUGGUGUUGAUGAGAAAGCAGAUGUGCUUCAGCUGGUUGUUGGUAUGAGCAGUUUGUUCCCUCUAUAGGAUUCUGCCCAAAUAAGUGCAGAGAGAUGAAGUAGCAAUGCACUGUUGUUUGCUAAUACCUAUACUCUAAAAUAGACCCUUAGCUGUGAGUGUCUGCCCUCAGAGUCAUGCCAGGGGAAAACAGCCCUGGGCUGGUGCCCCAGUCCCAGUGGGUAAGUUGGGAGGGUGGUGCCUAGGUGGUGUGUGGGGCUGGCUCUCAGGAUGGCUAGUACUGCUUCAGCUCUCAGCAGCCUGGCAUCCCUUUACCCUACCUUAGUGACUGGAAUGUGCAUCCCUGGCUCUAAUUUAAGUGUUAAAGGAGGUGGUUAGGGGCGAGCUCCCACUUUUUGAAGCAGCUGGGUGUGCUUGUUGCUCAGGAUGCCCAUCAGGCCUGCACAGGGUGGAUUUCCCGUUCUUCUGGGCAGUUUCUCUUCCAAGCAGAGUUGCAAAGAAGUGAGGGACACAGCAGCCUGUGCCCGAGGCCCAGCGUGUGCUCUGCAGUGCUGCAUGGGAAGGCAGCUCCCACACCUGGGUGUGAGCCACCUGCUCUGCCUGUCUCCAUCAGCAGCACAAGUCAUCUGCCAGUGCCUGUCUGCAAAGUUGCUUCAUUGGGUGGCUUUGGGAGCCGCCUCUCGCUCUGAACAUUGCCAGAAGCUUGACAGAUGCUUGUUAGGGUUGUUCGGGGUGAGGGGUGAACAGACCCUUCAGCUGAGUUUUUUGGGGAAAGAGAAUUUUGUGUUACCUUAGAAUUCUAGGUUGUGCCGUUCCCUCCCCUCCCAUUAACUGCAGGAUGAUCUGAGAUCUUUGUAGGGGAGCUGAGUUCUUGAUCUUGGAGGACACCACGUAAGAGCAGGAAAACUUGGCACAGAGUGAGCCUGGAGAUCUGAUGAUUGGAUUUGUCCUGAUGGACUGAAGUGUUUCCAUUGUGUUCUUGUCGUUGGGAUGUACAGAGGAGAGGGAUUUGCUGACGUGGAAGAGGACUGCUGUACUGUUCUGUGCUCUCUCCUCACAAUGUGUGCUGUGUUAACUCCCUUCCCUGCUUUUAGAGACAAUCGAUAUACUGUGACUUAAGGAUUAUUGUCCUGGACCUGGCUUCUAAUCUGGCUCUCUGGAGCUAGUUUAAAAGGUACAGUAUUUCUAGAAUAUAAAUGUGAUGUUCUUUGAUAGUGAAGAACAUGAUCUGUUCCCUUUUUAGGGGCUCCUAGGAAGACGUGCACAGAGUAGCACAGAAGAGUGCUGAGGCUUGGGGUUGCUGUCCAAGUUCUGGGAAACGUUCCCAGUCAAACAUGUACAAUAGCUUUUUAACACUUUCCUAUAACCAGCUCAACUGCUGCUUAAAGGGCAUUCCCCUGGCUCCUGGAGUGCCAAACUGCUAGCUCUUGUAUGCCUGGUGGUGUUAAGGGAGAGCUCUCCCUGCCCUUGGCCUUGUGUGAGACAGGCCCAAGAUGUGUCCAUCUCUGUGUAAACACAGCUGAGAAGUCAAGCUCAAGCUGGAGACCCUGUGUUGUGUGUUUUGAGCUGUGCCCAUCUUGUCUCUGUAGUGUGAAAGGAACCCUAGAAAGCAGAGUAUGACUGACUUGUAAAACACCUCCCAUUCCGCCAUGAGACUCGUGUGCUGUCCUGCCAGACACCGCCAGCGUUGCUCUCCUAAGGAAGCUCAUAGCCUCUCACAUGCUUGUCCAUGGCACUGUUGAUUUUUCUGUUCUUUCAAGAUUGGAGCAUUUUCUCUCAGUGGUAAUGGCUGAAGCAGCAGAGAGCAGAUUAGAGAGUGGUUCUUCACUCCUGUCUAGAGUGGUGAGCAAAGGGAACAGCCUAAGGAACUUUGUAGGGCUCUCAUCGGUUGGCUGCAUCACCCUCUUGGACUUUUGGUGGGAAACAAGGUCUGAAGUAGUUCCUGAACUGUUCUGCCCGAUCCCUAAACAAGAACCUUCUGCACUGUUGCUCCCAGGGCAGAAAGCCAGAGUCUUGUUCUCGCCUGCAUCAGGGCUGCUCUCUGCCUUGGUGUGUAGAAGGGAUUAGGCCAUCUGCCAGCCUCCUACGCUGUGGUUAGAACAGACCCAGAAGUGGUAGAAAAGAGCCCUCUGAGCUUACGUAGGGCAGAGGACUUGCCAAUACCGCAGCUGCUUAUCCUCUGGCUGGUCUGAGGGCUGCUGGGCACUGAUGGGCUGCCCAGUCCAACCAAUCAACCUUCUCAUCAAAGUUUAAUAGUGACUUACUUGCAGUCAGCAUUUGGACUCUUAAGUCAUUGUUACAGUGGGAUAUAAUCUGUCUUCCACCCUAGACAGGGCUGUUCUCCCCAACCUUCUUGCUGGAGCUGCUUCUCUCAAAUACUCCAAGGAACCUACCUUAUCCUGAUGUUUCAGCUUGUUCUGUUUCACUGGUGCCAAUGCAUAGGAAAGAGCCCUUCUCAACUCGAGCACCUUCUUACCUUAAGGAGCAUCUCAAAUCUUCCAUGAGUCUCAUUGCCCAAACUGUCUGAUGUGAUGGCCGUGCCCCUGGCAUGUUGGUUCCCUCCGUUGCGUGGCUGAAGCUCAGCUCUGCAGGCCCUUCCCUCCUAUAACCUUGUGCACAGCAGCCAUGUUUACCUGCUUCUCUGUUCUCAUUUGAGCUCAUCAGAAGGGGGAGGCAGAUGGAACCCACUUACAGCAGCAAUAAACCAAGUCUAGAGAGGGAACUGCAGGAGAGGAGGUGGAGGGAUGUGUGGGGAAGGCAGGGUCCCAUUGCAGCCCAGAGCCUCGCUUGAUAAUGAGUGUGCAGCCUAUAUGCAAAAUCCGUCUUGUCUGUCCCUCCUGUGUUGACCUUGGUCUAAACAGCACAUGUGAUUGGCAUCCUGCAAAGUGACCUUCAGAACUCUCCAGUAGCUUUGCCCCGUGAGUAACUCACACUACAAAUCAUUUUAAAGAGAUGCACUCAACUAUUUUUUUAAUUUAAUUUUACUCUUAUAUUCUCUGCUCUUUGUAAUCUGCUUGGAAAUAAAAUGUUUUUCCCUGCA